AUGAAGGCCAUAUCAUCUCUACUUAUAAUUCAACUCCUCUGGAGAGCGGCAUCCGCCGACAGGACCGAUGUCUACUGUAUUGAUGGCAUUCGCACGUCUCUUGCUGGGAUUGUGUUCGACGGAACCAUUCCUGGCGACUACUGGACAAAUAUCUGUACCAAUAACCUGAGCGUGACGUCGAUGUGGGCAGCGGCAAAUGUAUAUUGUAGUGAUCAUGAAAUCACUGCUGGCGAAGAGAUGCUUGGAGGAUAUUGUAAAGAAUAUGGACUUGUUACUCUUAUUCCAUACAACGACAUUCUACCAACUCUCACCAAAAAGUUUAUCAACUCCCUGCCAAUUGUGGAAUUCGAGGACACUGAUUCCCCUGUCAUCUGGAAUAGCUCUAUACUUAUGUCAGCACAGCUCUUCACGGCUUCCAAACGAACAGUCGUACGUUGGCACACGGCCCACCGGGAGAGACAUAAGCUGAUCAUGCCACAGAGCGCCUUUGCGAUGAGUUAUAUUCUCGACUCCAGAUAUGGGUGA